GGCCCGAAUUAUAUACCGCAGGCAUCUGUUAAUGAACACCUGCAGCCGUUGAGUGUUCUCCACUGAUACACACCAUGUUUCGCUAGCGUAUAACAGCACAGAUUUCACGUUAGAGUUGAAAAUUCGUAUUUUGGUGCGUUCACUUAUCUGCCUGUUUUUCCAGAUAUUUCUUAAACUCGCAAAGGCAGCCCUUGCUUUCUUGAUCCGUGCGCCUAUGUCGAUCUUGGUACCGCCGUCUGACGCCAUUUGGCUACCAAGAUAUUGGAAGCUUUCAACAUUCUCCACUGGUUGCCCGGCUACUGUGAAACUGGAAGGAGUCACCGUGUUUACAUCCAACGAUUUGGUUUUGUUGACGUUGAUGACUAAACCUGCCGAGGAGGAGCGAUCGGCAAGGUCGUUGAGCUUACUCUGCAUAUCAGAGCGCCGUUGCGCGAGUAGUGCAACGUCAUCCGCCAAUUCGAAGUCGUUUAGGUGCUCCAUGGUUAUAGGCUGCCAUAACAGCCCGCGGUUUGGUUCACGGUCAAUCGCAUCUACCAGAAUCUCGUCGAUUACGAUGAGGAACAGUAACGGUGAUAGAAUACAUCGACUCGAGAGGAUGAAAAUUAUAACGCCAGUAGAUUAUUCGGAGUGGGCCGCUCCGAUAGUAGUCGUCCGGAAGGCCAACGGAUCCAUCCGGAUUUGUGGAGAUUAUUCUACUGGGUUAAAUGACGCACUGCAGCCAAACCAAUAUCCCCUUCCACUACCGCAGGACAUCUUCGUGAAGCUGGGCAAUUGCAAAGUAUUUAGCAUCAUUGACAUGUCCGAAUCCUAUCUUCAGUUGGAAGUCGAUGAACCUACUAGCAAGCUGCUAUGCAUAAAUACUCACCGGGGCAUCUAUCGUGUGAACCGUCUUGCGCCCGGAGUCAAAGCAGCACCAGGUGCGUUCCAGCAGGUAGUCGACGCAAUGUUAGCAGGUUUAGAGCACACCUGCGGCUACAUAGACGACGUAAUUGUGGGCGGUAAAGAUGAAGAAGAUCACUGGAAGAAUUUAACGGCUCUGUUCCGGAGACUUCAGGAGUUUGGGUUUACACUACGUCGAGAAAAAUGUUCAUUCGGCCAAGCUCAAAUAAAGUACCUGGGACAUUUGACGGAUCAGCAUGGUGUUCGGCCAGAUCCGGCGAAGGUCGAAGCAAUUAGACAGAUGCCUGCACCUGUGGAUGUGUCAGGGUUCAAAGAAAUCCUCACAUCCGACCUGCUAUUGACGCAUUACAACCCAGAUUUGGAGAUUAUCGUCGCAGCUGAUGCGUCGUCAAUUGGGUUAGGCGCCACAAUAAGUCACCGUUUCCCGGAUGGUUUAAUAAAGGUAAUACAGCAUGCAUCUAGGGCGCUUACACCUGCUGAGCGGAAUUAUAGUCAGAUAGACAGAGAAGGUUUGGCCAUAAUAUUUGCAGUGACGAAGUUCCAUCGCAUGGUUUUCGGUCGGAAAUUCCAACUUCAAACCGAUCAUGCACCGCUGCUCAGAAUUUUCGGAUCCAAAAAGGGGAUCCCUAUAUAUACAGCUAAUCGGUUGCAGCGAUGGGCGCUUAUGCUGCUCAUGUACGAUUUCAAAAUUCAAUAUGUGGCCACGGAAAAGUUUGGUCAAGUGGAUAUAUUGCCUCGUCUCAUAAAUCAACAUGUCAAGCCAGACGAAGAUUAUGUCAUAGCAGCCGUUUCGCUCGAAGAUGAUGUAGAGUCUGUUGCUUUUGAACCGUUCAACAUUCUUCCGCUAAAUUUCAACGACGUUCAGCAAGGUACCGUAACGGAUCCUGUGCUUAGCAAGGUGCUAAAUUUUGUUCAGCAAGGUUGGUCAAAACCACCAGUGAUCACAGUGGAGCAUGAGUUGAAGCAGUUGUAUAACCGUCGCGAUUCCCUAACGAGCAUUCAGGGAUGCAUCCUUUUCGGAGAAAGGCUCGUCAUUCCAAAGCACCUACGCAAAAGGUGCUUAAAGCAACUGCAUCGAGGACACCCAGGAACGCAACGGAUGAAGGCCAUAGCUCGAUCGUAUGUAUAUUGGCCCUCACUUGACAGUGAAAUUGCAGAGUAUGUGAAAGCGUGCCCCCACUGUGCACGAGCUGCCAAGUCACCAGUGCAUGCAUCGCCUGUCCCUUGGCCAAAGUCACAACGGCCAUGGCAGCGUGUGCACGUGGAUUAUGCUGGACCACUCCAUAAGUAACUCGACGGUGAAUAUUUCCUUUUGGUAGUGGACUCGUAAUCUAAGUGGCCAGAAGUAGUCCAAACCAAUCGAAUUACUACCACAGCAACGAUAAGAAUUCUUCGUAACCUCUUCGCUAGACUAGGGAUGCCAGAGACACUCGUAUCUGAUAAUGGUACCCAAUUCACGAGUGCUGAGUUUGCCGAGUUUUGCAGUUCGAAUGGCAUCCAACACAUUACAACUGCACCGUUCCACCCCCAAUCCAAUGGGCAAGUUGAGCGGUUUGUCGACACAUUCAAACGGGCAACGACAAAAAUUCGCGAAGGGAAAGGUACAAUGCAAGCAGCAUUGGAUCAAUUUUUGCUGACCUACAGAAGUACACCUCACCGUUCUACACCGAAUGGUGCUUCGCCAGCAGAAAUCAUGUUCGGUAGGCAGCUCCGUACCCAUCUUGAACUAUUACGACCACCGUCCAAACGUCAGCAAGCUGUAGAAAUAGUGCCUCCGGUAAACCAUCGUGAAUUCCAAAGAAACGAUCUUGUGUAUGUGAAACUUUACAGCGGUAACACUUGGACCUGGGUACAUGGAACAAUAUUGGAUAAGCUAGGGAAAGUUAUGUAUAAUGUGUGGGCAGAUAAUCGUCGUCUAGUACGCUCACACGUCAACCAGCUUAGAAGCCGUUCUUCAUCGAAUGCCGAUAGUAUCCCGGAGACAAGCAAGUCAAGAAACACAACGCUACCUUUAGAUGUACUUCUAUCGUCGUGGGACUUACAGGAACCGAAUAAGCCAGCUAUACCUACACCGGCAACAAGGUCGAAAUCAUUCGGCACCAUCCCUACAUUGUCACCUCAACCGGAGAGCAUUCCGUUGUUCAGUUAGAAAUUGACUGCCAAUAAUAAAAGCAACCAGGUACAUAGUCCAAAAUAUAAACCUCGAUAUCCACUUUGAAGCUGUGGAUGCAAUUGACACUGUUAAAAAAUGUCACUGAUAGGCGAAUGAUAAUCUUUAUUUACAUCCAUUUAAAUUAAUUGUAAGAAUCCCCAUCAACCGCAACUUGUUGCCAGCGGAUCGGUUUAAAAGUGUCAGAUAAGAGUUAUUGCUUAUAGGCGUUUUUUGCAUACAAUAGUAAGUAUAAAGUAUUUAGGCCAUAACAUCAGAGCCCAUAGUCCGAUCCGGCCAAUUUCCAAUAGGAGACAAUGGGAAAAAAUCUCCGUCGAAUUCAAUUUGCUGUGAUCAAAACGAUUAUGGGUAAGUGCCAGUGCUUCCAUAUAAAGUUUGUUUUUGAAGCGAACAUAUACUGCCGUUAUACGCAUAUCUGUCCCAUGUAUAUAGGGAAUCCCAGCAAACAUGGGACAAAUAUACGUAUGACGGCAGUAUAGCUUUCCGUACAUUUAGUGUUUACUUCGUUUGCUAAAACAGGUAGGCACUGUAUUUAGAAUUUUUGAACAAGUGUAAUUUUGUGUCCACAUUAAGCUUGAUGAAGUCUUCGUUACUUCUGUUUCUCUGUACAGUGCUCCGACAAACCAAAAUCGAGCGUGACACCACCCAAAACCGUGUUCAACGUCUAACGCCCGGAUGAGCAUACUUGAGAAUUGUGGCUCCGCAAAGUGUCACACACGACUGAGCCUACCAAAUCAAUGAUCUGGAUAAAAAAAAGUCUUCAUUACUAACGUAAUCCUAGAACGGUGUGCAAACUAGCGACUGAAAAACGGUUACGAUCUUAUAAAAAAAUAAAAUUUUCUGAAUCAUCAUAAAAUGGGCCCAAACAUGCGGAUUAGACUGUAAGGCAAUAAAUAGAUAUUUUCUUUUAUUGUAUGAAAAAUAUUUUCAUAGUUUAAAAAACAUUUUGAGAAUUUUUUUCUGCUUCGAUUAUAUGGAAAAUUCGAUUAUAUGGACUUUUUUGCAUCGAACUUUUUUUCCAUG